GUGUUCAUAUUAGAUAGUCCUCGCCGUAGUAAAUUUUCGUGAUAUUUAUCAAUCUGAACAGCAGCCAAAGGUGAAGCGAGCUGCGAGUGAAGAAAAGUUCAAUGAAGCACAUAAAUGGCUGCAUUGUAGAUUCGCUACGUUCGUGGAAUUCCACGCAAAAUUUCAGGGAUAAUUAGUGUAUUCGCAAUCGAAAUUUUGGUGAAUAAUGUGUGAGUUGAGCCGUGAAUAGGAGAUUGGAUAUUCGCAGGAAAAAUGACCAGUAACGCAGAGGUGUGUCCUAGUUCCGCAGACAGUGCGGCCGAUGACGAAUCAUCCGAUUCGGAAAAUGAGAUGGAACCGGCGAAGAGUUUCCACCGGCGGCUCUCCACGAAGCGAGAUAUCAACAAUUCGGCUGUAAUCAAGGAAGGCUUCCUUCUGAAACAAAUAUGGUCGUUCCAGAGGUGGAGUCAACGUUUUUUUCGACUGAAAGCACGUAAAUUAUAUUACGCUAAAGACCCAAAAUGUGAUGUUUUUGAUGAAAUCGAUUUAAGCGGCCUCUCUUUUGCCGAAUGUAGUAUAAAAAACGUUAAUCAUAGUUUCCAGGAGAGUAGUGCUUCGUCAAUGUAUUCAUAA